AUGAAAUUCUCAAUCACCUCUAUGAUCGUGUCUGCCGCUGUGAUGGCUGGUGUCGUUACCGCGUACAACCCCAUCGGCCAGUCCUGCGACACCCCCGGUGGCUACGGGUGCUCACAGGACUCGGGUGUUAACGGCGGGAAUGCAUUCAUCUACGAAUGUGCGUCGACAGACACCUUCGUAUACGUUGCAGGCUGUGGCUGCCCCACUUGCUGCGAGGCCACGACCAGCGGUGCGUUCUGCACGUGA